AGAUGUGUAGCCUGAAAAUCUGGUCGGCGACUUAUUGGUCGACAUUUCGUCAAUGCCAGUCAAUGGUAAUCUUUCUAUGGUUUGUUAAAACGAAGUCCUAAGUCAACUAAACAGCCAAAAUCAAAUUGUAUGGCUUUCAUUUAACUCAAGACUUCUCUUGUAUGAUCUAAAUCAAGUGAAUUCAACUAAAACAUGAACCGGUAGGACCUUAGUGAAGUAGACUAAUCACUCCUGGAUGACACCAGCUGGGACCAAUAAGAAAGCCACAAGUCUUUGUUUGCUGCAAUCUGAAAAUCUGUAGUAUGAUUUUCAGGUCAACUACAGAAAGUUUUUCAGUCUUCUUGUCAUAUAUUUUUUUUCCCUCAAUCUCUAUUUGCGAUGUCCAUACCUUCUUUUGCCUCCACAUUUACGGGUAAAAUAGCCUGAUUAAAUCUAACCUGCAGGUUCAACUAUUCUUCAUAUUUGUUAUGGCCCUAAUGAGCUUCCGGCAUUUCCUGUGGUCGCCUCUUGUUCCUCUUAUAUAUGUCACAGUCGUGAUUCCUGUUAAGAUUCAGUCAUUAAGGUACGGAGAUUGUAAUAUUCCAAUAAGAUGUGGGAAUCUUACAGCCGGUUAUCCAUUCUGGGGAGUUGACCGCCCGAGUGGUUGUGGCCACCCUGACCUGCAGAUCUUUUGUGAGAACGAUAAGCCUAUAAUGAAGAUGAAUGACUUAUUUUACCUUGUUUUGAACGUGGAUGAAAAAGCCCGUAUUCUCAGGAUUGCAAGAGAUGAUUACUUGGGUGGAAUCUGUUCACCUCGAUUUAUUAACACCACCCUCAACCCGGCGCUAUUUAAGUAUACGACUGGGUAUCAGAUGCUUACCCUACUUUAUGCUUGCCCCAAUUCGACUUCUCUUUCAGGACAUUUCACUUGCUCUUUCACUGGUACCAACAAGAAGGAUGGCUAUAUAGACAUAGGAGGUAAAGGUCCUGAGGCAUGUGAUGUUGGCGUAACUGUUCCCUUUCCUAGAUCGUUAAUUCUGCCAGCAACGGAGAAUCGGUCAGUUUUGGAACAAGCCUUCCGAGACGGAUUUCAGGUGAAAUGGAAUGUAAAUGACACGAUUUGUGAGAAAUGCAUCGAAUCUCAGGGAUAUUGUGGUUACGAUGAUUAUUUCGAUGAAGCAAUUUGUUUCUGCCGAAAUGGACAAUCUAGCCGGUCUGAAGCAUGCGACAUCUCGCUGUCCAACCAAGGCUCAAUUGAGUCUCCAGCUCCGGAUGGAGGGGAAACGAAAGCAAAAUCUCUUAAAGCAGGAAUUAUAGCUAGUGUCGUGGGGAUUAUAAUUAUCCUCUCAAUGGUUGGCCUGGGGCUAUUGUGGAAGAAGAUAGCAGAAGAUGAUCAAAGCACGGAGGCCAUUAUUAGAAAUUGCGGAUCGCAUGCUCCACAAAGAUAUAAAUUUUCUGAUGUUAGAAAUAUUACAAAAUCAUUCAGCGAAAAACUUGGUCAAGGAGGCUAUGGUAAUGUUUACAAAGGAAAACUGCCCGAUGGUCGUUUUGUGGCAGUGAAGAUCUUGAAGAAAUCUAAGGGCAAUGGAGAGGAGUUCAUCAACGAGGUGGCUAGCAUGAGUAGAACAUCCCAUGUAAAUAUAGUAAGCCUUCUCGGUUUUUGCUUUGAGAGGAACAAAAGAGCUUUAAUCUAUGAAUUCAUGUGCAAUGGAUCUUUGGAUAAGUUUAUAUGUGAUGGAGAAUCUUCGACUACAAAUUGCAAUUUGGAGUGGAAAACACUUUAUCAAAUCGCAAUUGGCAUUGCUAGAGGACUAGAAUACUUGCAUAGAGGUUGUAACAUAAAGAUUGUGCAUUUUGAUAUAAAACCUCACAACAUUAUUUUAGAUGAAGACUUUUGUCCAAAAAUUUCUGAUUUUGGGCUGGCUAAACAAUCUAACCAGAAAAACAGUAUCAUGUCGAUGUUGAACACAAGAGGAACGGUAGGAUAUAUUGCACCAGAAAUGUUCAAUAAAACCUUUGGCGGAGUAUCUUACAAGUCUGAUGUCUAUAGUUAUGGAAUGAUGAUUUUAGAAAUAGUUAGAGCAAGAAAAAACAUUGGUGUCAGGAUACCACAAACAAGUGAAAUAUAUUUUCCAGAUUCAAUUUAUAACCUUCUUAAACAGGGUAACGAUUUUGGACUUCCAGGUGCUGUCACUGAAGAGGAGAAACAGACAGCAAGAAAGAUGAUACUGGUGAGCUUGUGGUGCAUUCAAACCAAUCCAUCUGAUAGACCAUCAAUGACCAAAGUUGUGGAGAUGUUGGAAGGUAGGCCAGAAAAUCUACAAAUUCCACCAAAACCUUAUUGGUCGUCUCUGCCAAGAUCCCCCAAACUUUCUUUGCUGGCAUCUUCGUCAACACAGCUUGCUUCAGAAUGUGAGUGA